AAAAUGGUGGGGCUCGUGCGCGAUGCGGCCACCCCUCUCUCCGAAAAUUGUGUUCGCCAGCCGGAUCGCGUAGCGCGAGCGUGAGGAGCAGCAGCCAGCAGCAGCAGCAGCAGCGCGGCGGCCGUGUGCUGCUCGUGUGUGCCAUAGGGGCCACUGCCGGACGGACACGACACGGACACGACACGAGCAUAGUAGCGCGCGCGUUCGUUUACAAGAUGGCAGACGACGGUCCGUCCGCGGCGGAGGACGCGACCGCGGCGGUGGUGACGGGACUGGGGGACGGUGAUUCUCGCGUGACGAGGGAGCGGCACAAACGCGCGGACGCCGCCAAGCCGAUCGUGACUCCGGGGCCGUGCCUCUCGUCGAGCCAGGACGCGACCUCCUCAUCCGCGAAGCGCGUCGGCGGACGCGAGAACGCGGCUGCAUCUAUCGGCGCGUCCUCGCGCGAGGCGGACGAUCAUCAUCGUCCUCAUCACGAACGCCGUCUUCAUCACCGUGCUGCUCAUCAGCAUCCUCAUCCUCGUCAUUCGUAUCACCGUCAUUCGUCGCCUCAUCGUUAUCAUCACUUUAAUCCUCAUCGUCAUCAUCUUACGAAUCGUCGCGACAACGGCACCGCGAGCGACGACGACGACGACGACGACGACGGCGACGGCGAAGACAACGACGAGGAGGACGACGAGGAGGAGAACGGCGGCGACGGCGGCGGCGGCAGUGGCAGCAGCGACGGUUUCGGAGAAUCCUGCGGUAGCGUCGGCGUCGGCGCCGACGGCAACGACGGCAAUGGCAGUGGCAGUGGCAGUGUCGAUUCGUACCACGGCGAUGUUAGAAUCGAGGUAGUUCGUAACGUCGUGGACGACCACGACAACGGUAGCGACAACGUCGUCGACAGCGGCGGCGGCGGCGUCGAUAGUGACUGCGACGGUGAUAAUAGUGGUGGCAGUAGUAAUAGUAUUAAUAAUAGUAAAAGUGGUGCUGGUGGUGUCGCGGAAAUCAUGACCGGUGGUAAUAACAACGCGGCGACGCGCGUCGGUAUCGAGGACGCCGACGGGGUGGCUGACGGCAUGACGACGAUGUCGUCGUCGUCGUCAUCGUCGUCGUCGUCGUCGUCGUCGUCAUCGUCAUCUGCACCGGAAGUGAACGACCGCGGGGAUCGUGAGGGCAGACGGAAAACAGCGAGCAUCGCCGUCGCGACGACGACGACGAAGGAGGAGAAAGAGACGGCGGUGGUGGCGACGACGGCAGCGGAGGACAACGGGGCCGCCGCAUCGUCUACGAAGACGGACAACGAUGGCGUCGCCGUAGCCAGGCACCAGGGCAGUCCGUUCAAGGGACAGGUUAGGAUGGCCGAGGACACCCUUGUUGGGCCCUGCGGCAAGAAGCGGUGCGCGGAUCGAUACGAUAGCUCCGAGAGCUCUGACAGUGGCGUCGCGGUAUCUUGCGGAGAAUGCAGCAGCAGCGGCACCAGCGAUAUCACAGAGCCGGGUUCGCCGUGCAGCACCAGCAGCGACGAAGGGGUAGCUGCGCUACGCGGCACAUCCGCCAGUCCGCUGCCUCUUUCCAAGCUGGCGCCGGCGACGCAGCUCGGUACCAGGCCCCAGUGGCCCUGGACCCCACCGUUGGCGACGAUCGCCUGCGCCUCCACUGCGUUCAAGAGACUGAGGGGCGAGCCCGAGGCUGGCACCCUUCCGCGCUCCGGUGCCGCCGAUCCCACCUCCAGGGGGACCGUCAAGGCGAACGGAAAGAUCGCGAGCGGUCAGCACCACCACGAAUCGCAGGGCAAGAUCACGGAAUACUUCAAGACGCAGAUUAAGCCACAACAGCCGAAGGUAAAGAAAACGAACGAAAUGGUGCUGGUAGCGAAGAAUUCGUCGGAAUUUCGGAGACCACCUAUGGUACAGAGGAACAAAGGCGGCCUCGCUAAAUAUUUGGGCACCGUAUCGUCCAACACGAAUCGCAGUACCAUGACCAACGAACCCUGGGAAGUGAGAACGCUGACGUCGUCGUCGACGAUCACGAAAAAAGUACCACUGGUCAUCGUGCCAAGGGCCAACGGCAAGAUAGACAAGAAGCUGUCGAAACCACUGCCAACUCUGCCAAUCUCGAACGACGUACUAAAAAAUUUACCCAAGAUCUCAUCCCUUAGAUUAACUUCGGACGUGAGUAUUAAUUCGACCAAAAGCAAUUCUGCGCCCGCUACUGCCGCCUCCUCGCUGCUAGGCGAAUCGCUGGACUUCAAGGCAAUUUUGGCGAAGCCGCACGUAAACGAAAACAACAACUUGACGAACAGCUGUGGAGGUAUCCUGGGUGCAUUAAGAUCGCAAAGCGGCCACGAUUCCCCCAUUUCGAGGCUGUCUUCGCCGUCGAAGGAGGACAAUAAGGAUGAGGAUGGUCAAUCGGCACCAAUCGAUGAAGACGAUGUUGAAGACGAAGAAGACUCCCGAAGCAGCGAAUCGAAACCGUCACCUAUUCUUUCGGCACCUACCACUAUCCGAUUUCCGGCACGAGCGCCCGAAAAGGACAGACCGCAGGCUACUGACAGCGGGACCUGUCGCUGGGACAAGUGCGAAGCCAGCUUCGAAUCUGUGGGUGGUCUUUUAGAACAUUUACAGGCUGCGCACAUCAACACACAAACCGGCGGCGACAAUUUCGUCUGUCAUUGGCAGGGAUGCAAGGUACAAGGCAGAACCUCAUGUUCCCGACGAUGGCUAGAGAGACACGUUUUAUCUCACGGCGGCAACAAACCUUUUCGAUGUAUCGUCGACGGUUGCGGUUGCAGAUUCAGUUCCCAGACCGCUCUUGAAAGGCACGUGAAUAAUCACUUCAAUCAACCGGAAACGAGCAACAGUAACGGGAGGCGUAGUUGCGAAAACGGUGGCAAGCUUGUUAGGAGGAAUGGCAAAAAGCUUAGAUAUAGGCGGCAGCCUUGGUCUGCGAGACUUUUUGAUUACUUUGACUCGGGAGUAAUGGAGGGUCUUCAGCAUAGGCUAUUGGAAUUAGCGACAUCGAGGACACAAGGGCGACUAGCUGAAACGCCAGGAAACUCGAUGGCACUAACUAGUCAAGUUUUAGCGAGGAGAGUCGAAUUGGACGGGAAGACGAAGGUACUACUGCGGUGGUAUCCCCAAGAUAUAGAACCGGACGAAUGGGUAUUAGAAUCCGAAGUACAAAGCACGAAGCAUGUAGGUAUUCGCAAAGUGGCCGCUAGUAACCCGGAACAAGUGAGUUUGGCUCUCUAUCCCGCGAUAAGCGGUCAUGCACCACCGACGGCGCGAGUGAAGCAACGCCGAAAGCCAGUAAAGAAUUCGUGAUAAUCGCCGACUGAUCGGUCGGAUACCAGAAUUGACCUAACGAGCGCCGAUACCUGAACCAGAGAAGAAUAACAGAGUGCUGCCGCUGACACGAGCACGAUACGGUCUAUAUAAAGCUUCCUGGUCGGUAAAGACGAGGGCCGCGACGAUGCGACCUGAAAUACCCGAACGUAUCGAAAGAGACGAAGACCGUUUUAGGAGAUAACUAAUCUAAAAAUAAACGACCAAUCCUUAUAAAUCGAUUAGAAAAUAAGAAUCACGAUGUCGAAGAAAAUCAUGCGAGAGAUAAAUUCAAGAUGAAUUGAGCAGUACACAGUAGUGAUAAGAACAAGGAACACAGCUGCAAGACGAACAAAGAACGGAGGACGAUCAUCCUUCGUUUUGGAGAUGAGAAUAUUGCUUGGCAAUGAAUAUCUUUCGUCGUUAUGGUAACAUCUACUAACGCGCUAAUUCUCUGCAGGAACCUGCCACGAGUACCUCGCAUAUUUUGACGCUCGUCGGCUUCGGAAGCGCUAAGUCUGGGCCUCGAAAGUGCCUCACCGUGGAAUACGUUUUAUACCGUCUUCUACCGCCAAUCAAGAUCCCAGGGUUAGACGCGUGGUAAAAACGGUAGUAACGGUAGACAAAGACAAAAAAAGUGAAAAAAAAGAGAGCAGAAGUGAAGAAGAACUUUUGCCUAUUUGAUUUUGCCAAAGGAAACAGAGAGAGAGAGAGAGAAAGAGAAAGUGCACAGACAAAAUAUUUAAGCGGUAGUUAACAAUUUAUAAGGAGAUAAUCACUCUGGUGGCCUUACGACUCAAUUAAUAUCUAACAUCGGCCCCUUGGCACUUCCGGGAACUGAUGAUAUCUUUGCGAUCUCCGAUGCCUCGAGAGAAGGGAAGAGAAGAGAAAAGAAGAAAGGAGAUGUGUUUACCUCGACUUACCAACUCGGUAGAAACUCGCGUCGACUGUCGUUAUGCGAUGACACGAAAGGUACGAGAAGAAGAAACAUGGAAAGGAGGAUCGUGGACGGACGCAGAAGACUGUAUCAGGACUGUAUGAGGAACAAGAGAAAAUCGAGAAAAGGGGGUUUAGACUGUUAGGUGAGAAUGCAAGAGUACGAAUGGAAGAAUGCUUGUGCGUGUGUUUUUGGGUAAGAGAGAAAGAGAGAAAUUGUGAGUGAUAAUGCUCUGAAUUUGCCGUUAUUUCCCUGAAUGGGGUUGACAGUCUCCCAGGCUUGAAAGCUCGGCAUGAAAUUGAGAAAUUGUGGAAUAAUCGGACGACAUGUACGUCACCGAGAUUUCUAUCGAGGAUUAUUUCUCUCCGUUCUCUCUAAAAAUGGAACGGAGAGGCGAUGUACAAAACAAAAUUAAGGGAAAAAAAGAGUGAUUCUCAAGGCCCGAGGCAUGCUCGAGCUCAGCUUUUGCGAAUACGGCGCAUGGCAAUGAGCUUGCUUUGUUUCAGCGCCCGAGACGUGUUCAAUUUCUCGUGUACCUCUCGUUAUUUUUAUCUUUUCUGCUGAGUCUCGCGCGGUAUGUAUGUAUACGCUCGUUACAUUAAAAAGCGCAAAAUUUAAUCGAGUGCUAAGAUGAAACGGCAGUAGCCAAACAUGCUGCGCGACCGCAACCGAUGAGCUGUUACCCUCAAAAGGGGUAAAUUGCAUAGGCUGUGUUACAUUUCCCACAGACUUGAUAAGCAAAGAAUGUUGAAGGGAGUGAACAAAGAGCGCAUCGUGCGUAGCGUCGUCGCUCUCGAGGUUUGCGCACAUGGGGCGCUUAUCGUGAUCGCAAAACGACGAGUAAAUUUGUGACCGUGGAUGCUCCUUGUUGACAACUACGGAGCAACAACGCCGCGCGCGUAUGCACGCGUAGCGAAUAGGAUACACUUCAUGUAAAUUAAGGCUCGCGAAGGAGAAUAUGUGUCGUGUCGUGUGUGUUGAGUGACCGAGAGUUGAUCGAGAAAAUUAGAAUGGAUGAAUAGAUAGAAUGUGAAUGAAAGAUCGAGCGGCUGGAAAGAAAUGGAGACCGUAUGAGACACACAGACAGACAAAGAUGGAAUGUCAUUACACACCAGCUAAGAAACACUGCCAAUAUAAUUGUAAUUAAGAGCUCUACGACAUAAUUAAUCAAUUAUUCUUACUAUUAUUAUAAAGUAUGAUUGUAAGUGUAUAACCGAAUAGAUCUCUAGCUGACGCGCGAGGAUGCAUGUAAUAAAAAGCGGCCGUUCCGAUAACGCGCCGUUGUCACGUCCGCUCCACGGCACACGAUAUUUUAAUGACAAAUAACAAAUAAUUUUUCUCAAACUGCCCACGUGUUAGGGGGUGUUCCGUGCACGUGGCGUGCACGGCGUGAGUCGCGAAGUCGUGUAGCCGCGAAUUGUAUAUGUAAAUACUUAGUUGAAAUUAUAUCGUAACGAAACGGCAUAUUACACGAACCCUGUACUCGCAGUCGCGGGCUUGUUCUUCGUCGCCGCUGAGGCAAGCCACCCGCAAGUACCAAAAGCUGUCUAAAAAGUUAUAUCUCUCUGUAUCCGUUGAUUUUCGAGCACAGCGUUCCCGCGAGGGCGGCACGCAUAUACGGCGGUGGAUUCUUCCUUCCUUUUGAAGGAAUCAAAAGAUCGACACCGGAUAAUGUAAACGCGUCACUGCCAAGAAUCACGCACUGCCAGCCAGCCCAGUCGUUAUAACGACGCGCCUCUAACGUAGUAUCUCUCUAUUGCACGACCAUAUAUUCGUUCAUAUCGUGCUUGUAAGAAACUCGUCGUCGGCUCUUUUCUCUUUAUACGUACAUACAUAUACACAUACAUACACAAACGGCCUAGCCGCAGCCACUGUUCCCGGAUUUGUAUCUUUCGAUUGAAUAUCGUCGUUCCUAAAGAAAGAUUCAUUAAAAUCAAAAUUUACCCUGUAAAUUUAUAUGAAAAUUACACCAUAAAUUAAAAUCGCGUUUGAAUGACAUUCGCGGACAUGGAACAAUUAAUUAUUUGCGUACUGAAGGUAUUAAUCUAAAUGGAGAGGUAAUUUAUUUUUAGCUUUAGAACAUUAAUUAUUUCAUUUAUAGUUUUUUUUUUUAAGAUCGACGAUAUUCUUCAAGAGCUCAUGUAUCGCGCACUGCCAAAUUUCAUUGAUUUGAGGCACUGCCAUUGAGAUGUGUAGAGAAUAGAGCGAAUACGAAAAGAGGUACCAUGGAUUCUGCCGAGGAGCCCUGUUAUCCGCGUUUUAAAUUGCUUCCGUGUUUCAUCAAGACGACUUCUCAUCCAUAAGAUGUCUCGUGAGGAAUCGUCAUACAUUUUUCGUGAUCCCGCUUUCGGGCCCGAAAUACAAAUAAGAUAUAAAAAUGAGAUUUAAGAAACAAAUUGCUAGAGUAAUAUCAAUAUAUCAAGAUGUACAAAUGACAUAUAAAAAUUCGGGAUUUGUCAUUUAAAAAAUGUUUGAUAAGAAUUUUUUGUGAGUUUUUUUGUGAUUUUAAGCGUAUUGGUCACUUUCGAAUGAAAUUUUAUUUUUAAUUAUUGUUUCUCUUCAACGUCUUCAUUUUAUAUUUCAUUGUGUCUCAUUCAUAUGUUCAUUGCUUAACUUUUGUUCUUUUGUGGCGCGAUCAACCUGUCCCCCUUCGAUUGUUAUUUCUAUCCUUUUGCCUUGCCAAUUUCCUAUUACGCAAUUUCUGCUCAUGUAAAUCUAAAUGUCAUCAGAUUGUAUCAAUUAGGCAAGGGACCAAUCUUUUAUGUACGUGAAAACUCGUCUGCCACUUGUGGCACAAAGGAUCGUUUCACGGAAUAUGUCUUUCUUUAUAACCGACCAAUUAGAUCGAUUUUCAAGACUUUUUAGUUGAUACGCGAAUACUUAAGUUUAUAAUUUAUUAGAGAGAAAAAAGAACUGAGCAGAGAUUCCAUUAGUUAUUAAGUAAUUUUUGUUUUUCUUUUUUUUUUUAAUCAUUUUCGUAAUAUAUUAGCGCAAAGGUGAGACGAUAGAAAGAACUUUCAAUUAUUUGAUCGCGCUUGAUCUCGUGGAAUGAAAGAACCGCGACAAAUGGUAAAUAAUGAAAGAGUGAAAAAGAAGAGUACUCUUCGAAGGUCCUUCCUGUUAUAUUAUUUAUCUAUUUCUUGCGAUAUAAAAUUAAAUUCGAGCGAAUCAGCAAUACAAUAUAAAGGAAUUAAAUUUCCUGAUAAUUUUUCGGACGAGCUCAGUAUGAUGGUACCUUAGCGAUUCUAUUUACGAUAAGUUUAUUCGAGUUGCGAAUAUGAUUAGGACGCUCUUGUAUAAUUUGUAAUUGGCGAGUCUAAUUAUUCGAUUAAGUAUUUUUUCGUGUGUCUGCGUUAUUUCCUUGUUAUAAUUAAUCGCAGGUAAGAGUUAUACGUGCGUUCAUUGUCACUAGCCAAGAAAACGAACCGACUGCAUUUAGCUAAAAGAAUUUAUUACGCUGUAGCGUGGCGGCCGCAUUUUUGUUUAACAUGCUACAGUAUUGAACAAAUUUUUUUCCUGUAAAUGUGAAGGAUGUUUAAAAAAAUACACGUGGCCUAGCCACACAUGUGCGUAAUUAUAGCGUUUCGUGUAUUUACCAUCGUUCGUAUCGGCCUGCUGACAAUUCUAAAUUAACGUAGAAUCAAUAAUGAAUUUUUUACAAUGAUAAUAAAGAGACGGAAGGCUGAACGAGAAUUGGGCGGAGAGGGUAUGCAUAAAAGCAACGUAAAACAAUUUUAUAUAUGUUUUUCUAGUGCACGAAAUCCGAUUGGAAAUCGUCUCGGAUUUUUGGUGUUCUUUUUUUUACAAAUGUUUCGUGCGUUUUUAAAAACUAGAAUUAUAUAAAUCAAUCUAAUUGCGAUGCCGCGCAAUGUAUUAAAUAAUACGAGCUACGUUUAAGGGAAAACACAAAGUGUUCUCUAAAUUUAGGUUUAUAUUAACGUUGGAAGAACGAGCAGAAAAUAUGACGAAAUAAAAUACGCGACAUUCAUUCUUUUUUCUUUUCUAUUGCAUUUUUAGAAAAAAACUGCGGAACACAUACACAACACACACACAUACCCAUACACACAUACAUAUAUAAAUAUAUACGCCAUAGAUUUACUUCUUUUGAACGGUGCGUGCAAGAACGUGCGAGAAAGAGAGAAAAAUAUUUAGAUGUAACUAAGAUAGGACAAAAACGUGAUGGAAAAAAAAAGGGAAAGAAUGAGAGG